CAAUGGAACGUUACUGCCAACAGUGCGGGAAAGACAACCUGAAAAUGGCAUACAAUUUUACAACUUUAUACCUUGAGUUAUGCGCGGAAUUGUUAGUAAAGGUGUUUCCAGAAGCUUCGCCAGUCUUGAAGAAGUAUACGGUCAAGAUUGAGCAGAAAUCGAGCUCCUUUCUCGAUAUAUUUUGUAAAUCAGCGUUUUUGAUGGCCAUUGUACUUGGUUUAAUUUUAUUUCGACGCACCAUUAUUCCAAAUUACAACUAUAACUUAAUCGAGAGAAUGUUAGCUGAUAUGAGGGUUGGCAUUCUACGAAUGGUUAACAUUGAUUUUUUACCGAACAUUAACCCUGAUGCUGUACAGGCCACAGUGAAAUCAGAGGUAGCGAAGAAUCGGAGCACAUUUCCACUGAGGAAUCGACAGAGAAAACACAAUUGGCCUGAUUCUACGCGGCGUGUGAGCCGCAAGUCAUCAUCACUGGACUGCAUAUCCAUUCCAGAAGCCGUGGUAAACGCCGGAGCCGGAUCCAGAGCAACAACUGAGAGCGCAGAGAGCAGCAGCUACGACGGCACUGACUGUAGCAAAACAAAUAUCUAACCUCUCUGAGCGAAGCAAAUAAAAUUCUGAGAUGCCAGAUAUUUUUUAUCAAAUAUAUGCGAUAAAAAUCAGAAAUAUUUGUAAUUAUGUCCUAAUAUCAACAAAACCGGCCAGCUUCGUCGAUCAUUUGGAACCAAUAAUGUUUUG